GAGGUACCUCGAGCUCCUUGGUUCUUCCAAAGCCAAUUCUGGCUCGGCAGAGAGCGACUGCACACCAGUCGGUUCGCCGGGUGCCUCUUUCUAUGCUAGUCAGCCUGUCAGUCCUCAGUACUUGGUCAGCUGUUCAUCUUGCUCCCCUUGGUCACCCAGUCAACCUGUCACCCUUCUGUCACUUAUUUGUCCUGUCUCUGUCACGCUCUUCUUCAUCCUGUCACCCCCUCAGUCAUCUUCAAUGUGUCACCAGGUUAACCUGAAAAGAAGCUAGCAGAUCACCAUUCUACUAAUAGAACAAACAAGAAGCCUUUGCCGUCACCUCACUCCCGACGAUGAAUAGUACUGUAUGCCUGGGAAUUCUUGCUGUUACGUAUGGAGCUGCCACAUCCACAGCUCGAGCCUGCCAGACUGCUUAACUCCUUCUGUGCUGUGGAGAAGACAUUGCAGUGCAGUUGUUCCUUUCAUGGGGUCCCCACACCCUCCGUGCAGUGGUGGGUGGACGGUGCCCCUGUGGAUGUGAAUAGUGGACAUGGCCACCUCCAGGUGACCUCUACCACACUUGGUCCCUGGGACAACAGCACCCUCAGCCUGGCCAAGGACCCAGAAAUGGGCACAGUUCUUCUCUGUGAGGGAAAGAACCAACAUGGUAUCCAUGGUCUGAGCAUCCUACUGAUGUCGAGAAGAGGCCCUUUGGCUCCCCAGAUUUUCCUGGAAGCUCUGCUACGGGGUGUUGUCUAUGCAGCCUUGGCAAUCACACUACUUUUUCUCUGCCUCCUCCCCUCCAUAGUGAAACUUCUCAGGACAAAGCAGGCAAAGAAGUGUGCACAGAUGAGAUCACAGAAGGACUCUACAGCUGGAACAGACCAGGGAUCCUGUGUGAAGCCCAAGAAGCCUAGGAAAUCCAGAACUAAGUUACCCUCCGAGGAUCAGUUGUCGGAAAAGGAAGAUAACUUGAAGCCAAGGAAGACCAUGGAAACUGCAUCACAUACAAAGUUCCCAUUACCCGAGGAAUUACAAAAGCCCAUGGAGACCCCAGAAGCCCUAAGUCCAUAAUAAACUUGAGGUCCUGAGAAUCUGAGUUCACUAAGCAUUCUUAGUCUCUAUCCAUCCCGUACACUUCAAGGUACGAAGCCGACUCUUGGGCCUUGGGAGACGUCAGGACUUUCAGGUCACCUAGUUGAUUUGUUAUUUGUGUGAACCAAAAGAUUCAUGUCUCACUCUGGGGCAAAAUCCCAGGAGAGGAAAAUGCACAUGGCACUGUGAAACAAGGGAUUUUCAUUCCUUUCUUCAUGACCAGUUUCACAGAUGCCCAAAGACACAGAGACAAAGACAGAGACAGACAGACAGUGCUUAGCAGGUGAACUCCCACCCCUAUCUCUCUACCUUAAAUUUCGGUAUGUUCACAUAAAGUAUACUUGAGUGGAGACUAGGUUGUGAAAAGUGGUACCCAGAGACACAGGUGGAGAAAAUAUGCCAUGAUAAAUUCGAAUUCAAAGUUAAAACAUUAUGUCAUGGGAUCACAUCCUUAGAACUCCAACUCCUCAGGAACAGGAACGUGCCUGUCACAGAAACCUCUCUGUGUCAUCAGUACUGGGAAUGGUGCCUAAAAUAUAAAAUGCAUGCAGAACUGUUUGCGAAGUACUUGAAUAAAUGAAUGGAUUCAUUAUG